AUGGUACUCAUUUCAAUUAACACUUCCUACAAUGUCACUGUGCGCCUUCCCAUGUCUAUGCCCAUCAAUGAGCUCAAGGGUCUAAGCCCCUUUGAAGAAGUCCUUGACAGAAUCCACUUCAUGGUUUCCAAGGCUGUCGCAGCUGAAUGCAGUUUCUUCGAAGACACACUCUACACAUUCAACAACAGGAGUUUCAAGAACAUGAUGCCCUCCUCCUGCUAUCAGGUUGUAGCACAGGAUUGCACCAAUGAGCUGAAGUUUAUUGUUCUCUUGAGGAAAGAUUCGUCAGAACAACACCAUAUCAAUGUCAAGAUUUCUGAGAUAGAUAUUGACUUGUAUCCAAAAGACAACAAUGUCACUGUGAAGGUCAACGAAAUGGAAAUUCCCCACAGCAACCUGCCUUACCGCCACCCAACAGGUUCCAUUGAGAUCAGACAAAGUGGACAGGGUAUUGCUGUUUAUGCACCUAGCCAUGGUCUCCAAGAAGUCUACUUUGACAGGAAGACAUGGAAGAUCAAGGUUGCUGACUGGAUGAAAGGAAAGACCUGUGGACUCUGUGGAAAGGGUGAUGGAGAAAUCAGACAAGAGUACCGCACUCCCAACGGACGCGUGGCUAAGAACUCAGUCAGCUUUGCCCACUCCUGGAUUCUGCCUGCUGAAAGCUGCAGGGAUGUUUCUGAGUGCCGUCUGAAGCUGGAAUCUGUGCAGCUGGAAAAACAGUUGACCAUUCAUGGUGACGAAUCUACAUGCUUGUCUGUGGAGCCUGUUCCUCGCUGUCUGCCAGGAUGCAUGCCAAUCAAGACUACCCCUGUCACUGUUGGUUUCAGCUGUCUGCAAUCUGAUUCUCAGAGCAGUGUUUUUGACAGAAGUGUGGACUUGAAACAAACUACCCAGGCUCACCUGGCAUGCAACUGCAACGCCAGGUGCUCUUAA